AUGGGGUGGCGGUGGCUAGUGCUUUGGUCGCUGUGGCUGGCAGGGUUUGUGCGCCAGCCCACACUGCCUCUGCGUAUUUCUUCGGGGAUUUUGCGAGGAUCUGUGUCCCCAGACGGCACGCAUUUGCACUACAACGGCAUACCUUACGCUUUAGUCACGCAGAGAUUUCGUAAACCUGGUCCUGAACCUUCUUGGGACGGCAUAUUUGAAGCGAUUCAUGAAAAUAUUCGAUGUCCACAAAGGAUCGGUAAAACCCUUGUUGUUGGCCAGGAAGACUGCUUGACCCUUAACGUUAACACCCCAGUUCACGUAGAUGCCGGCUCCCUUUUACCAGUAAUGAUUUACAUCCACGGAGGUGGAUAUUUCGACGGUUCCGGAAAUAGCGUCGUAUAUGGGCCCAAUAAUCUUAUAAACAAAGGCGUCAUUCUAGUCACCAUAAAUUAUAGAUUAAACAUUCAAGGUUUUGUUUGUUUGGGUAUCAAAGAAGCACCCGGCAAUGCUGGUAUGAAAGAUCAAGUAGCCGCCUUGCAAUGGGUGCAGCGAAAUAUAAAAGCUUUUGGUGGAGACCCAGAUAAUGUUACUUUGUUCGGUGAAAGCGCUGGCUCUUCUUCGGUUUCGUUUCAUAUUCUUUCACCAAUGUCAAAAGGUCUCUUUCAUAGAGCUAUAUUACAAAGUGGAUCAUCUAUAUCACCUUGGACCUUACAAUAUCGACCUGUUUACAUGACAAGCUUGCUAACAAAAGUAAUGCUUCAUAAUACCGAGGAUGCUGUUGAGUUGUACAAUAUUUUAAUGAAUAAAACUGAUGCAGAAUUAGUUGUCACAAGAGUUCCUAGAAAGGAAGGUAAUACAAUAAUCUCAGAAUUGCUUUAUUCGCCUUGCGUAGAAGAAGAAAUCAAUGGUGAAGAGCCAUUUCUAAUAGAACACCCUCAUGAUAUAUUGUCUAAGGGAAAGUAUAAUAAAGUGCCAGUGAUGAUUGGCAUGACCAGCAAUGAAGGAUAUUUAUUUGCAAAUAUGGAAAACGACACGGUAAUACCUAAAAUAGAUGUAACAAAGUCUCUGCCUAAAGAUUUAUUAAUAACAUCGGAUAAGGAGCGCUGUGAAGUGGGAAACACUUUAAAAGAAAUCUAUAUGAUCGAUAAUAACAUAUCUUCCUCUAAUUUUCUGAAUCUAGCAAAGUUUUACGGCGAAAUAUUCUUUAGUUAUCCAACAAUACAAGAAACAGAGCUUUAUUUAAAGACCAACAACGAACCAGUAUAUAGUUAUAUUUUUAAUUAUAGUGGUAACAGAAAUUUCCUAAAGAAUUCACUUAGAGAACCGUUCUCUAGUGCUCCGGGAGCGACACAUGCAGACGAACUAUUUUACAUCUUUAGUCAAUAUCUCAUCCCCAAUUUGUUUGAGAAUCAGAUGAUUGAAAAGGUGACAACUAUGUGGACUAAUUUUGCGAAAUACGGAGAGCCAACACCAGAAACGACAGAACUGCUUCCAUUAAAAUGGCAUCCAUCUACGAAGGCUUCUCCACAUUCGUUAGUGAUCGACUCACAAUUUAGUAUAGUGCCAAUGGGAACCAGUGAAUCUAUUAAAUAUUUAAGAAGAAUUUAUGCUAAGUACAGAAGAAAACAAACCCGUGAUUUAUAA